CGUGCGGCGCGAGCGUGUUCGGAGCGGGGUAACCGUUGGCGGGCGGGCGGCCGCCCGGGUUGGGCGGCCCGUAGCUGCUCUGCGGGGGGCUGAACCCUGCGGGGGGGUCGCCGCCGCCGUCUCUGCUCAGCCGCCGGGCCUCGGCGCGAUAAACCCGUGGCGCGAGAUCACGGGAAACCUGGAUCGGGUUAAAGAAUUAAAUCCCGUUUCCUGCCCGCCGGCGCCGGGACGAGACCGGCCCUACAGUGUAGUUAAAAAUGUGCUGUGAAAUAAAGAGGAGGUUUUUGCUGCUUUAUGCAACACAGAAGGGACAGGCAAAAGCCAUAGCUGAGGAAAUAUGCACGCAGGCAGAUGCACAUGGAUUUGAAGCUGAUAUUCACUGUAUAAGUGAGUCUGACAAGUAUAAUCUGGCAACAGAAAAGGACCCUCUUGUUAUUGUUAUUUCCACUACUGGUACUGGAGACCCUCCAGACACAGCUUGCAAGUUUGUUAAGGAAAUUAAAAACAAGACCCUGCUACCUGAUCAUUUUGCACAUCUACGUUAUGGAUUGUUAGGUCUGGGAGAUUCUGAAUACAUGUUCUUCUGCAAUGGUGGGAAGGUAGUAGACAAACGACUCCAGGAACUCGGUGCACAGCAUUUCUAUGAGACUGGACUGGCGGAUGAUUGUGUAGGUUUGGAAAUAGUGGUUGAGCCAUGGAUUGAUGGGCUUUGGCUUGCCCUCAGAAGAGAGUUUACGUCAUGGAACAUAAAAGAAGACAUGAGCAGCAAUCUCAGGGCUGUGUCUAAUGGUGUCUCUGCAAUGACUGUAGUCCCAAGCAUGUCAGGAAUAUGCAGCUUAGACUCAGAAAUACAGCAUUUGAAGCUAGAAGAUUUAGAAGUGAAGGCUACUGAUGCUUUAUCCCAAAAACCAGCUAAUGUUCAUUCUGUAGUGUCUGUUCAAGAUACUGAAGCUUCACUUGAUCGAUCAGUCCCUCCUCUUUCACAGUCUGCUCUUAAUAUUCCUGCUCUGCCAUCAGAAUAUAUAGAUGUACAGUUUCAGGACAGCACUGGCCAGGAACUCAGUGUGUCCUCAUUGAUUUCAGAUGGUAUAGUCUUCCAUGUUCCAGUGACCAAAGCAGUUCAGCUCACUAGGGAAGAUGCAGUAAAAACAGCUUUGCUGUUAGAACUUGAUAUUUCAAAAACAACAUUUUGCUACCAACCUGGAGAUGCCUUCUGUGUCAUAUGCCCCAACAAUCCCAAGGAGGUGCAAGAACUUCUUCAUAUCUUGGGACUUUCAGAAAGGAAAGAGUACGUUGUUUGCUUAAAGAUUAAACAAGCCACUAAAAGGAAAGGAGCAGCUCCAGAGCAUAUACCUAAAGGAAGUACUGUGGAAUUUAUUCUUACCUGGUGUCUGGAAAUAAGAGCAGUUCCCAAAAAGGCAUUUUUGCGAGCUCUUGUAGAAUACACCAGUGAUGCCAGAGAAAAGCGAAGGCUUCAGGAGCUGUGCAGCAAACAAGGAGCCUCUGAUUACAGUAGUUUCAUUAGAGACCCAAGUAUCUGCUUGUUGGAUUUACUCCAUGCUUUUCCAACAUGCAGACCUCCACUUAACCUGCUGAUAGAACAUCUUCCUAAACUGCAAGCCAGGUCCUAUUCAGCUUCCAGCUCCAAUUUAUUUCAACCAGGAAAACUGCAGUUUGUUUUUAAUGUUGUGGAGUUUCCAUCCUCCCCAUCUCGACUGGUUUCACGAAAAGGAGUGUGUACAGGUUGGCUCGCUGAGUUAGUCGCACCAAUGCUUCAGCCACAUAAAAAGGAAGAAAAAUUGUCAGCUGUAAAGCUUGUCAACCUUUGGGAAAUUGGUCCUUCAGAUCUCAUUAUCAAGGGCUACUAUGUGAGCACUACAGGUCUCUAUUUUUGCUCGUCCAAUCAACACUUUCCACUUACCUUCAGAUCCAUCUGUCCCUUUUAUGAUGGUGGGUCCAGGAACGGGAGUUUCACCUUUUAUUGGUUUCCUGCAACAUAGGAGAAUCCAUCCUCAACAUACAGGAUUCUGAAGACUAUCCACCUUCAAGAUCACCAUCAUUUUCUAUAGUUUGAGUUAUAUCGCCAUCAUCCAGAAACAACCAUAGAUAAGUUUGUGAUUAAAAAAAAAAAUACAAAAAGUAGUAAUUGAUGGAAAAAAUUGCCUGGUUUGUUUAUGCAACAAACUCUCCUUUCUGUAUGAUUGAGAACCCACACUUUAUUAACAUGGUUCAGUCAUUAAGACCAGGAUACAGUCCACCCAACAGAGCAGAUGUCAUAGGCUGGAUAAAGUGUAUGAAAGAGAAAUUGAGCAGUGUGCAAAAGGUCUAGAGGGUAAAAUUGUUAACCUGAGUCUUGAUGGGUGGAGCAAUGUCUGCAAUGAUCCUGUUGUAUGUGCUUGUGUGACAACAGAAGACGGGAAUGUCUUCCUUACAGAAACAAUUGAUACAUCAGGAAAUGCACACAUAGCAGAAUACUUACAAGAAGUAGCAGUAAAAGCUAUAACAAACUGUGGGGAAAAUUUCAAAUAUCUAGUAUGCAGCUUGGUCACAGACAAUGCUGCAAAUGUAUCCAAGAACAAAAUGCAGGGAAAUAGCUGUUUUAUCGCUGACGCUGUUGAAAUUUGGAAGGAACUGAGUGAGAUCUUAAAGAGAAAUAUGCAAUGACAGAGUUAAAUUACAAGCAUAAAAAAAAGAAUGGGACAAGCGCUAUCUCCAGCUCAUUUUCUAGGAAAUAUUCUCAAUACUCUGUACCAGGGUCAAACCUUAACUGCUGAAGAAGAGGAGCUGGCUAUGACAUGGACAUCCAGCAGUCAUCCCUCCAUAAUGCCACCUAUAAUAAACUUCAGAGCUAAGGGUGAACCAUUCAAGAAAUAUAUGUUUGCUGAUGAUUUAAAAAAAGUCACACCAGUGAACUGGUGGAAUUCACUUAAGCACUUGGAUUCAGAGACUGUUGAAGUGAUAAUAUCACUUUUAACAGCAGUAGCUUCUUCUGGUGGUGUAGAAAGAAUAUUUUCUUCCUUUGGACUAAUUCAUUCCAAAUUGAGAAAUCAUUUGGGACCUGAAAAAGCAGGAAAGCAUGUUUUUCUUUUCCAGAUUAUGAACAAACAAGAAAAUGAAGGUGAAGAUGACUGAGUUAGCUGCAGAAGCCAAUAUUUUAAGUUUCUCAUGUUGACCUGGCUGACAUAGUCGAUUUAAUUUUUGUUUUGUUUUUUUAAAUAUUUCAUUUAACUAUUUUAGUUAAAAGCAAUUUAAAC